AUGCACACCGUUUUUCGAAUUGGUGACAUUCGAAAACUUGAUAAGAAAAGUCCACUUUAUGAAGUGGAUCUUAAACUUACCUCAGAUGAUGAUCAACAACUUCGUCAAUUAACCGACCGUAUACGAGAAGAGGUCAACGGCACUGGAUGGUAUCGAAUGGGUCAAUUGCUGCUCAAAAUUCGUCAACUUGACAAGGCCGAAGAAUUAUACACAGCACUACUAGAACAGGCUUCUAACGACAGCGAUAAAGCAUAUAUCUAUCACCAACUUGGAAUGAUGAAAAAUGGCAAAGGGCAAUAUACAGAAGCAGCUUCAUUUUAUGAAAUGUGUCUCAAAAUUGAACGAAAAACUCUACCAGAAGAUCACCCUUCAUUAGCUAAUAUCUACAACAACAUCGGUGGAGUGUAUUACAACACGGGUGACUACUCUAAAGCAGUGAAAUUCUACGAAAAAACAAUUAAAAUAAAAGAAAAAGCUUUGUCUCCUAAUGAUCCGGAUUUGGCUCUGUCCUACAACAACAUCGGUCAAGUGUAUAACAACAUGGGUGACUACUCAAAAGCACUUGAAUUUUUCGAAAAAUCACUUAAAAUCUACGAAAAAGCUCUGCCUCCGAAUCAUCCCUUAUUGGCUGCUUCCUACAACAACAUCGGUGCAGUGUAUAACACGAUGGGUGACUACUCGAAAGCACUUAAAUUUUUCGAAAAAUCACUUAAAGUAAGAGAAAAAGCUCUGCCUUCGAAUCAUCCCGAUUUGGCUCAAUCCUACAACAACAUCGGUCAAGUGUAUAAUGACAUGGGUGACUACUCGAAAGCACUUGAAUUUUACGAAAAAUCACUUAAAAUAAGAGAAAAAGCUCUGCUUCCGAAUCAUCCCGAUUUGGCUACUUCCUACGACAACAUUGGUGGAGUGUAUAACAACAUGGGUGACUACUCGAAAGCACUUGAAUUUUACGAAAAAUCACUUAAAAUAAGAGAAAAAGCUCUGCCUUCGAAUCAUCCCUCAUUGGCUACUUCCUACAACAACAUUGGUGGAGUGUAUAACAACAUGGGUGACUACUCUAAAGCACUUGAAUGUCACGAAAAAUCACUUAAAAUAAGUGAAAAAGCUCUGCCUCCGAAUCAUCCCGAUUUGGCUUAUUCCUACAACAACAUCGGCGGAGUGUAUGGCGACAUGGGUAACUACUCAAAAGCACUCUCAUUCUUAGAAAAGGCACUUUCAAUCUUCCAAAAAUCACUUCCACCUAACCAUCCUAAUAUUAAAAGAGUUAAAAACUCAAUUGACAAUGUAAAAAAGGAAAUGUAA